CAAAAAUGCCCCCUAUAAGAACACAACAACGGCCCCCUCUCGACAUCAUCCCACCCCCAUCCCUUCCGCCCUCCAUCACCCCCUCCUACACCCCCGCCCCUUCCUCCCAAACCCACACCGAACGCCGGCCCCUCUCCGAAGAAGAGCGCGGCAGACUCAUCCACGAGCUCGUCGGCUUCCACCCUAGGAGUCUGUGUAAUGAUAUCACCGAGGUAGCCAGGACUGAGCUGUAUAAUGCUAUGAAUAGUAUUGAGAAUUGGGCGGAGACGGUGGCGAGGGGGAAGGAGUUGAGUGCGGAGGCUGGGAAUGGCAUGCAUGCACUGGAGACGCUGCUAGAGACGCAUUUCGACAGAGCGUUUGACAAGUACGAAACGUGGCUCUUGCGAAACGCUUUCGAAUUCGAAAAAGGUCUCGACGUCGUCCUCCCAUGGCAUAACGGCCUCGAUUUUACCCGCGGUGAGCACGUAUCCCACCUCCCAGGCGGCACCGAAGCCCUCGACACCCAGCUCGAAUCCCUCCGCGUCCAAGUGGAACAGGCGAGACAACUAUCGAUGCAGCUCGAGUUGGCAAACAAGAAGCUCGAUAGAAGGCUCGAUACACUGCGUCAACGCGAGGCGCAUGUUGGGUUUGUUAAAGAGGUUAUUGAGACUUCUGGCCUCAACCCCUUACCACAAAACACAUCCCACCUCACCCAAACGGUCUCUUCUUUACACACAUCCCUCCUCCCCCUCGAAUCCAUCCCCAUCCCCACUUCCACCUCCUUCACCCACCUUCCCGACCCCUCCCACGGCCCCGGGUCAGCGUCGGGAGAACAUACGAAAGCGUGGGAACUCGGGCGGGCGGCGUAUCUCAAUUGGGCUAUGGGCAAGAUCGUCCCUCCUGCUUCUGCCUCUUCCCCUUCUUCUGCUGCUGCUGCCCCUGGUUCUGGCGAGGGGCAGCCGGCGGCCAGUACAGGAGAAGGAGGAGACAAGUUGGAAGCGAUCGAACAAGGGAUAGAACAAGUCGGCGGUAAGGAGGGGAUGGAGGUACUUGCUGAGAGUGUCAAGGAAUAGCGUCUUGACCGUCUUUCUUCCGAACCACAUGAUUCUUGAGAUGGGGGUGGGGAGGUCAAGUAUAAGGGCAAGGGUGUUUUGUUGUAUUUGUAUGUCUUUUAUGAUUGUUGGGUUUUCUUGUACCAUCUGGGGAGAUGUCACCCGUUCUUUGAGUGUUUGAGUAGUUCGAGGGGUCCGUAGAACUCUGGGUGGUUGGUACUCAACUCGAUAUGUGAACGAGCCCCUGCUUGCGGGUGCUCCUGACGCUCGCCAAUGUCACCGCCCUCACCCUACUGCAUCAAUGCGACAACGUCAGCCAUGACUACCAACGCCUUGCUCUUUUCCACUACCAAAUUACCGAUGCUGCCCUAUAGCAGCUGCUGGACACACUGCAUAUGCAUACAUCAUCG